CAGUUUGGACUCUGGAGAACCACCAACACAGGAAACCGAUUUACCUCCACUUGAAUUAUUAGUUCCUAUGUUGACUAGUUGAGACAAAUAUAAACAUGGCUUUCUACAGUUAUAAUACAAUCUUAGCUAUUGCCCGAACAAGAUUCCCUAGCCAUUUUGUCCAUCUCACCAGCUCUUCUUACUCCCCAUCAUUUGCACUUCUUCACUUGCCAGAUUCCCAUUUAAAGAAAACAUAUGUGAAGGACUAUGGAAGCAAGAAGCAUUCCUGUCCUAAUCAGUCAGGCAGUAAAGUACUGCACUUACGAACUAGAAUAAUACAAAAGCUACACACAUCAACUUGCUGGCUACAAGACGUCCCUGGUAAACCUCAGCCGGAGCAAACCCCAAAAAAGCCACAGGUGACAAACCCUGAGCCCACGAAAGGAACUGGCAUGAAGAUUAAAGAAGAAAGGCGAUCUUAUAGACAAAAAAUUAUGGGUGAACUUAAAUAUUAUUACAAUGGAUUUUAUUUACUUUGGAUUGACACCAAAGUUGCUGCCCGGAUGGUUUGGAGGCUAUUGCAUGGACAGGUGCUGACCAGACGAGAGAGACGAAGGCUCUUGAGAACUUGUGCUGAUUUCUUCCGCCUGGUUCCAUUUAUGGUGUUCCUCAUUGUACCCUUCAUGGAAUUCUUAUUACCAGCAUUUCUGAAAUUCUUCCCAGAGAUGUUGCCAUCAACUUUUGAAAGUGAAUCCAAAAAGGAAGAAAAACAGAAAAAGAAAAUGGCUGCAAAGUUGGAACUAGCAAAAUUUCUUCAAGAAACAAUUACAGAAAUGGCAAGGAGGAACAGGGCCAAGUUGGGAGACGCCUCUACACAGUUCUCAUCCUACGUCAAACAGGUUCAGACAGGCCACAAGCCCAGUACAAAGGAGAUAGUUCGCUUUUCCAAACUGUUUGAGGAUCAGCUAACCCUGGAACACCUAGACCGACCUCAGCUGGUCGCCCUCUGCAAACUACUAGAACUGCAGCCUUUUGGAACCAACAAUUUGCUUCGCUUUCAACUUCUGAUGAAACUGAAGUCUAUCAAAGCAGAUGAUGAAAUAAUUGCCAAAGAAGGGGUGAGUGCUUUGAGCGUGUCAGAACUGCAGGCUGCCUGCAGGGCCCGAGGAAUGAGAUCCCUGGGUCUCACUGAGGAGCAACUGAAACAGCAGCUCACAGAGUGGCAGGACCUCCACCUGAAGGAGAAUGUCCCUCCUUCUCUGUUGCUCCUGUCCCGAACCUUCUACCUGAUAGAUGUGAAGCCAAAGCCAGUUGAGAUACCACUAAGUGGGGAGUCUCCAAAGAUGGAUAUUCCUGUGGAACCAGCUACUUCUCCUGAAUCUAAAGAGAACCUGCUGGAUGUAGCACCUCCACUGAAGGGAACUAAGGAUGAGGAAUGUAUACAACUGCCCCCAGUUACCUCAUCGUCCAUACUGCCAUCUUCACCUGUUUCAUUACCGAAAGGACUCAUCCCUUCUGCUAAAGAAGCUACACUCCAGGUCAAAUCCCAAAAGACAACCCAGAACAGCAAGGCUAGUUCAAAAGGAGCAUAAGGACUACUGAGGACGAAGCUCACUCUCUCCAGCUCCCUGCCCUCCGCAGUGGCAUCCAUAACGGGCCGCCCAGCUAAGACGAUCUGUGUCUGGUUUGAGAAGAGAUCAGCCAUUUCGUCCUUGGGGCCUUGUAACCAUCCAGAUGAUGUCAGCAGUGAGACCAAGUUCAGACCGUUUAGAAAUAUAAUUGCAAAGCCAACUUCCUCUGUACCAUUAUGUCAUCCCACUAAACUUUGUGUAAAGCCCCCUCCCCAUGUUAUUUUUGAACAGCUUCGUAUUUGUGUGCGUGUC